AUGUCUGAUAAUUUGCGCAACGCUUCAGCGCUCCCCGCGAACGAUCUAUUUUCAUCGCAGUCAUCGAGCGCUCCGAUACCGACAACUCAAGCCAACGGGGCUCGCGCAAACUUACAGUACUCACCAAAUAAUUUUAACUUCCCUAAGAAAUUGCUAGACUUGCCUGAUUUUAGUGGUAGACCGGAAGACUGGCCCGUGUUUUAUGCUGCGUUUAUGGAGUCGACGGCGGCAUAUGGGUAUAGUAAUUUUGAUAACAACCAGCGUCUUCAAAGGUGUUUGAAAGGCGAUGCGCUUGAAGUUCAGGUUUGGGGGCCAGAGCAACUGGUUCGUAGUCAGUUAGCGCAGGUUAAGGAAAUAGCGCCAAUUUCCGAGAAUUUUUUGAGUAAGCUAAUACCGUUUGCGACCAAAGUGAAAAACGUUUGUGCUUUCUUGCAGUCAGCUGGCGCCGAACAUCAUAUCUCCAAUCCGAUGUUGCUUGAUGAACUUAUCGCGAAGUUACCCAUGAGCAAACGCAUUGAGUGGGGCAGUGAUUGGCUUACAUCACUUGCCAACGUUAUAUGCACGGUUAACGAUGAAUGUCAACAUCCUGCUCGUGAGCCCAAACGCCGCAUGGUACUCCACUUGGACGAGACGAUGUCGAGAAAAUGCCCGUUAUGCCAGGGCCAGCACAAGCCAGCUGACUGCAAGCGCCUAAUUGAAGCAACGGUGAGCGAUCGAUGGACCGAAGUUAAAUCCCGGCGAUUAUGUUUCGCCUGCCUAAAUGCGGGUCACACUACAAGCAGUUGCAGAAGACGUAAGCUUUGUGGUAUCGAUGGGUGCAAUCGGGCACAUCAUAGAUUGCUCCAUGAGUUCCGGUCAGAGCGCCCGUCAGCUCCACCCACGUCAUCGUCACGAAGCGUCGCCCGCUCUGCGUCAUCACGGUUUACGUCGCCACCAAACAAUCCUCAUCAGCAACCGUCUCGCGAUAAAGGCGCAACAGUACUAAGUUGUGCUACCAACUCCCCAGAGAGAAAGCUGCUCUAUCGUAUCCUCCCGGUCACAUUGUACGGAAAGCAACGCCGCGUCGACACCUACGCUUUACUCGAUGAGGGCUCAUCUAUAACGAUGCUCGAUAGUAGCCUUGCAAAGGAGUUGGACUUGCAAGGACGGCCACACAGCCUGCACGUACAAUGGUUCGGGGGACAUGCGGUACAAGAGCCUGCCACUUUAGUUGACCUACAUAUAAGCGGUGCCGGUAUGAAAAAAAGGCACAGCCUGCAACGAGUUCACGCCGUACGUAAUCUUCAGCUGCCAACACAAAGCCUUAGUCGCAGCGAUUUAAUACUGGACGACAAAGAAGCACGCCACUUGCCAAUGCAACCCCACUCUGGUGCGACCCCACGACUCCUCAUCGGCAUAGACAAUUGCCAUUUGGGUUUAUCAUCGACCACCAUUACGAUGAGGAAAAACGGGCCAUUUGCAGCCAACACGGAGCUCGGCUGGGUGGUGUUCGGUCCAGUUAGUAAAUGCUCGCCCUCGCCAAUAACGUGUCUAUUCGUGAACUCCAGUCGGGAUGAAGCGCUUCACGACAUGGUCGCCGAUUUUUUUGAGACUGAGAGUUUUGGUGUGAGACCAUCGCCACCUAUCGAAAGCGAGGCCGACAUCCGUGCACGAGCCAUGUUGGAGUCGACAACCUGUCGCGUUGGACCACGUUUCCAGACAGGACUGCUAUGGAAGCACGACGACGUUCAAUUGCCAGAUAGCUACGGAAUGGCGCUCAAUAGGCUAAGGAUCGUUGAAAGAAAAAUGAGUCGUGAUGUUGGAUUUGCUGUCGCCUAUAAGCAAAUCAUUGACAGCUACCUUGAGAAGGGCUACGCACGCAGACUCGCAACGUCUGAAUACGCUUCGUCGACGCCACGUACCUGGUACUUGCCGCAUUUCGCGGUAGUGAAUCCGAACAAGCCGUUCAAACUGCGAAUCGUGUUUGACGCUGCCGCCGAGGUCAAUGGCAUCUCCUUAAACAGUCGCCUGCUUAAGGGGCCAGAAGAAUACAAACCGCAGCCGUCUAUUCUUUUCCGGUUCCGUGAAACGGCAGUUGGCUUGUGUGGCGACAUCAGGGAAAUGUUCAACCAAGUGCUUAUACGCCCAGAGGAUAGACGCGCCCAGCGAUUUUUAUGGCGUGACGGUGACUCUGGCCGAACUCCCGAUGUGUACGAGAUGCGCGUGAUGACAUUUGGAGCCGCUUGCUCCCCUUGUGCGGCCCACUACGUUAAAACACGAAACGCGUUAGAACGCGACAGCCGCUAUACAGCCCGCGCUAUUACUGCUAUUUUGGAAAAUCAUUACGUGGACGACUUCGUAGAUAGCUUCAACUCGCCAAGGGAAUCCAUCGACAUCGGGGCACAGGUAAGAGCGAUUCACAUGGGCGCCGGCUUCGAGCUUCGCAAUUUUACAUCGAACUCGACGGAGGUGAUUGCUGCGUUGGAUGGCGUUGACGUCGAUAAGGUUAUUGGGAUAAAGAAUGGUCUGGGCACUGAGCGGGUACUGGGUUUGCAUUGGCACUCCACGACUGACAACUUCAAAUUUGGACUCAAAUUCAAUAACGUGAGUGAAGCGGUGAUGAGCGGUACUAGAUGUCCUACGAAGAGGGAGCUCCUCAGUGUGGUCAUGUCCAUAUUUGAUCCGCUGGGGUUCCUGGGUAACUUUGUUGUCGGGGCGAAACUGUUAAUGCGAGAGGUGUGGAGGCAUGAAACGCGCUGGGAUGAACCACUUCCAGUAAACAUUGCUGCGUCAUGGGAAAAGUGGCGGAGGCAACUGCCAUCGGUAGUCUGGUAUACCUGUCCUCGAUUCUACUUCCGCAACGGUGCGCCGGAAUCACUACAGUUACACACAUUUGGCGACGCCAGCGAGAAUGCCUUUGCGGCCGUCACGUAUUGGAGAGCCAAGAACGCUCGUGGUGAGGUAGAGGUUGCCUUCAUUUGCGCGAAAUCUAAGUGCGCUCCAUUGAAGCCGCUUACCGUACCGCGCUUAGAGCUGCAAGCUGCCGUAUUAGGAACGCGUCUACAGCAAGCCGUAUGCGAAGCACACUCCUUUAAACCAAACAAACGUUUCCUUUGGUGUGAUUCUACGACGGUCAUCAAAUGGGUUCGAAGCAAGCACCGUAAAUAUAAGCCGUUUGUUCAGCACAGAAUUGCUGAAGUUUUAGCCACCACGCAAGUGUCCGAGUGGCGAUGGAUACCCACGGCAGAAAACGUGGCCGACGAAGCCACGCGCGCGAACCAUGCAAUCGUGUUUGGACCUACUGGGCGCUGGGUACUAGGCCCGUCGUUUCUACGAGAAGAGGAGCAUGCCUGGCCCUCCGAAGAUGCAGUUUUCCUAGACUCAGAUGAGUACGAUGAAGAACUACGACCACAACACGCAUUAACCAUCGUUGUUGAGGACCACAGCCUGGGUUAUACUGUUCGUCAAAACCUGUCGCCGAAUUCAAAUUAA